AUGAGCCGGGCUAUUCGUCAACUGGUGGGGAUUUUCCUCGCAGUUUCCCUCAUACUCUGUCUAUACCGGUACCACCACACAAACACCGAGACUGUUCAGCCUUUAGAUACUGUUCAGCCCUUAGACCCUAUUCCUACUAUUCAGCAUCCACCUGAAGACCAGUCAGCCGAUGAAUACAAUCCCCAAUUCCUUUGGAGGACUCUGCCGGUCCGAUUCCCAGUUGCUGAGAUUCAGCCUCUCCCAGUGGAACUGCCCCGGACACUACCCAAAAUCCAAUCUGCAAACGCCAAAGUUUCUCACUCCACAUUGUGGCGCCAGAGCAAAAGACAAAUUGCUGUGAAGGACGCCUUCGAACGAUGCUGGAAAUCAUACGAGGCUCUUGCCUGGUCGGCCGAUGAGCUUGCGCCGCUUAGUGGUGCUCAUACAAACAGCCUAGGUGGAUGGGGUGCGACCUUGGUGGAAAACCUCGAUACGUUGUGGAUCAUGGACAUGUAUGAUGAAUUUGACAAGGCAGUGAUUGCAGUGACAGAAAUCGACUUUCAGAAUACCGCAUCCCCCGAAAUCAACACCCAUGAAGUGAACGCCCGUCUUCUUGGUGGUCUGUUGAGUGCAUACGACAUCUGCGGGGAUGCCAGGUUGCGGAAGAAAGCCAUUGAGCUAGGUGAUAUGCUCUACGCUGCUUUCGACACUCCAAAUAGGAUGCCGAUAAUUCACUGGGACUUUCAGAAGGCUGCUCGACAGGAAGAGCAGGUUGCUGAAGAAGAAGUCUUAGCAGCAGAGCUGGGCUCUUUCACCCUAGAGUUCACCAGACUGUCACAGAUCACGGGCGAUCCCAAAUAUUUCGAUGCCAUUCAACGAGUCAUGGAAAUAUUCAAUAAAAAGCAGGACUCCACCAAGCUUCCUGGACUAUGGCCGGUAUCAGUCAAUCCCAGAGCAGAGCUCUUCGAUGGCGAUAUGUUCACAUUGGGCGCAGAAGCAAAUUCACUCUACAAGUCGCUUCCCCGAGCAUAUGCUCUUCUUGGAGGCAAGGUGCCCAUGUAUCGCAAGAUGUACGAAAAAGCAACACUCACAGCGGCGGGCCACAAUCUAUUCCGACCAAUGAACCUAGCGGAAAAAGACAUACUCACAGCCGGAAUUGUUCGAGUAAUGACGACACAAAAUGGAAAGCCACGCACCCAUCUGGAAUCACAAGUGCAAUACCGAUCCUGCUUUGCAGGUGGUAUGUUUGCAUUAGGGGGUGCAUUAUUCAAAAUCCCCAUGCACAAGAAAAUCGCCCACAAAUUGGUCGACGGCUGCAUCUGGGCUCAUGAAGCCAUGCCCCUGGGAAUUAUGCCAGAGGUUCUUGACACAGUCCCCUGUGCAUCGCAGACAAACUGUCCAUGGAAUGAGUGGCAUUGGAAGCAGGAAGUGUUCAAGCGAGUGCACAGCCUGCAGGUUGAACCAGAUCCAAACCUGAAUGUGGACGCCUUCAUCACUGAUCAUCAUCUUCCGAGGGGCUUCAUCGGCAUCCCUGAUACCGCUUACAAUUUGCGACCAGAGUUGAUUGAGAGCAUGUUCACUCUCUAUCGAAUCACCGGUCGCGAGGAUCUGCUUGAUACUGCUUGGGAGAUGUUCCGCGCAAUUUUGAGUGCUACUCAGGCAGAGAAUGGCAACACUGCCGUCAUCGAUGUAGCUAUUGCCACGGAGCCAAUUCACGUGGACUCUAUGCCGAGCUUCUGGAUGUCGCAGACUCUUAAAUAUUUCUAUCUCAUGUUUAGCGCGCCCGAAUUAAUCAGCUUGGAUGAGGUCGUGUUCACUGCUGGCGGGCACCCGCUGAGAAUCCCCACAGCAUCAUGA